CAUCUCCAGGAACAAAGAGGUGGAAACCAUCUUCAGUUGGAGCCACUCUUCUUGAUUCUUGAGCCUUGUUGGAAGAGAUGAUGAUGGGCCUGGGUCCCCUGUUGUUGAUCUUCAUGCUGGGGUCCUGUCUGACCCAACCAAACCCGGCUCCAGAUGACCAGAGGUACAAAAUCUUCCUGAACCAGCAUUAUGAUCCCACUCCAGAUGGACACGAUGACAGAUACUGUGAAGUCACGAUGAAGAGACGAGACUUGACUUCACCCUGCAAAGACAUCAACACCUUUAUUCAUGGCACCAAGAAGAAAAUUAAGGCUGUCUGUGAAGAUAAGAAUGGGAAGCCUUAUGGGGAACAUUUCAGAAUAAGCAAGUCUCCUUUCCAGGUCACUAUUUGCAGGCACCACGGAGGGUCCAACCAGCCUCCCUGCAAGUACAGAGCCACAGCAGGGUCCAGAUACAUUGUUAUUGCCUGUGAACAUGGCUUGCCUGUCCACUUGGAUAGGACCUUUUACCGUCCAUAAUCAGCAGGCCACUAGCCCAGAGUUGGCUCUGCUCUCUAUUCCUGGCAUUUCCCCUACACACUCUAGAACAGGGGUGGCCGCAUUCAUUGCCAGGGGCCCAGAAAAUGAGCUGCCUGGAUCUUUUGUUUUCUGUUUUACAAUAUGUAAUAAAUAAAAAUGUCUCUGAAAUC